UCAGGCCUCCCACACGGCGUGAGCGCCCGAAUCACUUGCUGGAUCACCACGUUUAUCACCUUCGAGCGCUGCAUCUGUUUAGUGUUUCCGUUGCGCACCAAAUCUGUAUUCACACAAAGGCGCACCGUCUCAGCCAUCGUUUUGAUCGCGCUGUCCGUCUCGGCUGGCAUCUCCCCGAUGUUCUUCGCGAGGCAGGUCGUCCCUGUUCACGACGUCCGAUUCAACAAAACGAAAUUCGGUCUAGUCUAUCGCGAGAACGGCAUUAGCGUAGAGAGCGUAGGCUUGUACUUCAACGCCACGUCUCUGAUCUGCUGCAUCGUCCUUGACAUCGUCUGCACUUCCGCUAUCGUCCGCGUCUUGGUGCUGAAAUCAAAAUGGCGGCGCCCGGCGGCCACGGCGGACGUGUUCGCGGGUUUGACGCAGAGAGAUAAGAAAGUCGUCAAGCUCGUCACGUUGAUAUCGUGCAUGUUUCUGGCCUGCGUUGGUCCGUACGGCGUUAAUUUUAUCUUGAUGGUCCUUCUGACACCAGAGUACAACAUAAACGGUCUGUACCAGAACGUGUUCUCGGUGGUCUGGGGCAUGAUCCACACCUUCGAGGCCGUCAAGAGCUCCGCGAACGUCCUGGUUUAUUAUAACAUGAACAGCAAAUUC